GCCGCACCAGCGUGGAGACACAGCUCUGUCAGCUUGGAUCAGAAUGGAUUGUGCCGGCGACAGCAUUAGCCAAUUGCCAGCCAUCCCGGAGUCCGACAGCGAGUCCUCUGAGGAUGAAGAAGUGGCUACGCAUGAGGCCCUCCUCCAGGAGAGGGAUGAAGCUAAAGAGAAGCUGUCUGAGUUUGAGCAAGCGUCGCAGAGGCUGCUGGCGGAGCUCUCGGCCCUGGAGGUGGAGUAUGAAAUUGAAGUAUCAUGUCGCAAACAAGCCGAAGUCUACGCAGCCCAGGUGAACAGGGAGAACAAAGAACUGAAGCGGAUCAGCGUGGCACUGCUGCCCAUGUUGAACCAGCUUCCCGAGGACAUGCCGAGUCUGGCCACUGAAGAAGACUCCCACUCCGACCCAAGCCGAGAUCCAGCGUAUCCAUACCUGCAGCAGAUCAAAGAUUUGCAGGAAAAGGUUUCCAGGCUGCUGGGGGAGAAGAAGGAGCUCACCAUCCAAGUGCAGGAGUUGCAGAGCCAGAUCAGAGAGCUCAGGGACCAGGUGGAAGAGGAGCGAGCAGAGAGGCGGUCCCUGCAGGCCGCGAUGGACCAGAGUCACAAGGCCCUGAAGAAGUACAAGAGAGUGUCCCAGAUGGUCGCUCAGGAGUACAGCGAGGCCGUGCAGAAGCUGGAACUGGAGCAGGACCUGAGGCAGCACGCGGAGACCUUUGCGCACAAGAUGCUGGUGAAGCAGAAGGAAGCCAAUAGGCAGAGCAUGAUCCUGCUCCAGAACGUGGGACCCAACGCCCAGCUGCUCCAGGCCCUGGACGAAGUGGCUAGCCUGACUGGGGCGCUGGAGGAAGCCAAGCGGGAGCACCAGGAAAAGGUGAAGGGUCUGCAAGAGCAGCUAGAGGGGACCCAGGAGCAGCUGGGCGCCGUGCGAGCGGCCCUGGCUACAGCCGAAGCAGAGACGCUGCAGCUGGGGGAGCAGCUGCACCAGGCGGAGGAGAGGAACGUGGAGUUGGAGGGGAAAGUGACGGUACUAGAAGAGAAAUUGGAGAAGGCUGAAGCCCCGCCUUCUGAACCUGAUUCGCCAGAAGUGGCUCCUCCCCCACCACCCCCACCACCGCCACCUCCUCUGCCACUGCCAGCAUCUUCCGCCCCCGUGGAUCCCCUUUUGGUGAUCAAGCAAAGGAAGGGGAUGCGGCAGCAGAAACCCAGCGAACCUGCUACCGAUGACGUCAAAGCUCGAGCAGUGGAGGAAAUGAUGGCCAGGAUCAAGAGCGGGGUUGCCCUGAGACCAGCAAAGAAGGACAGGGCUGCGUUGUCCCAGGAUCGCUCAACAGCAGCCAGCAAACGCAAGAGCACCGUGCUGGAGCUGCAAGGGAUCCUGGGCACGAUGAAAAGUCCGGUCAGAAAACAGAGCUGGCGUAAACACAGCCAAAAGAUCAACGACAACCAGCUGCAGUCCAUCCUGCAGAGACGGCGCAGGAUGGUGGACUCCUCCACUCCCGCCCAGCCCUCGCCGCUGCGGGCUGAGCUCAGAAAAGAGGUGCAGAAUCAAGGUGACAGUGAGAUUUGCAAAGCUGUGCCCAGCCCAUGCGCCGAGGAGAAUGUAGCUGUCGUCCAGUUAAGAGCGAGAUCGGUGCACCUUCAGAAAAGCAGGCGACUGGCUUUCCUGAGUGAAGCAGAGAACAAGCCAGCAUAGAGAGAGACUACCUGAAAACCAGCCAUCCUGUUGGACCACAAUACACUGCAUGACCGCCUGGUCUCGCACCCUGCCGAUGCUCCUUGCAGUACCUGCCCCACCUGUGUAUCUUUCAGGCAUGCAAACAUUCAGAUCCUGAGCACCGCUUGCUUACGCAUACUAGCUUGCUCCACUUGCCUCGGUGGUUGCUGGGAAGUGCGGUCAGGGAUCUUAACACUGACAAGCUUCAUAGUGUGGUCCUAGAGUGGACUUGUCAUUAGCCAGUGGAACGGGGUUUUGUUGACAGUGGUUUGUAAAGAUCAUCCAUCCCUCCUCUUUCAAAGGCCAAACAUAAUUUCACACUCUUCCCGAGGACUGCAGAUAAAGACGGCUGCCGCUUUCGAGCCCGUUCUUUUCUAACUGAGUUGCCCUGACAAGACUAGAUCCAGCAGAACCCAUUCAGCUGCUGAGCUGAGCAUCUUGGGGGAUCUGAGUGUCCUUCUAAGAAGCCCCACAUCUGAAAUUUGAACUCUGUACCUUUUAACUAGACAACCUGUUAGAGAAAAGGGCUAAAGAGACAGAAAUUGAAUUUGGAUGUCCUAAGCACAGAUCACUCGGCAGUUCACAUGUUGUGGCGCUUGUCCAGCUGCCUAGAGUGGCUCGCGAGCGCGAGUCCCCACCUAAGGCAGACUGUGAAGAAGCAGGGCACAAACCCCAAGCUGGCUGUGAGUUCUAUGUCCACAUUUCACCAACCAAGUAUCAAGUCUGAACUCCUCAAGGACUAUGACAGCCUUAACAUGGAGUCACAGACAGUCUUCUUGGGCACUCAGGUCUAUCUUGCCACCCAGGCAAGCUUACCUUUGUGAUAGAUGGUCCCUUACACCAAAAAUCACAACGAUAUUCAGAUUACUCCCAGUCCAAAAGGACCAGUCACUUACCCCGGAUCAACUGCACCUCAGGUCCUAUGCCAAAGACA